CAUCCACGGCUCCGGACCGCUUCCGGUUCCCCCAGCCAGAAGAGUUGCCCCGCGUAUUCCCCUCCCAGUAUCCGCCGCAUCCCCUCCCCCCUCCCCACACAUUCUCCACCAUGACCGAGCACAAGUAUCACGGCUUCGACCAUGUCACCCUUUGGGUCGGCAACGCCAAGCAGGCCGCCGACUGGUACUGCAUCCGCUUUGGCUUCAAGCGCGUUGCCUACGCCGGCCUCGAGACCGGCGAGCGCAAUGUCGCCGCCCAUGUCAUCCGCCAGAACAACAUCACCAUGGUCCUGAAGACCCCCAUCCAGCCCAACAACGAGGAGAUGAGCGCCCACCAGGCCCUCCACGGUGAUGGUGUCAAGGAUGUUGCCUUCGCCGUCAGCGACGCCGCCGGCAUCUACGAGAAGGCCGUCAGCCGUGGCGCCAAGUCCGUCCAUGCCCCCAAGACCCUCAAGGAUGAGGAUGGCGAGGUCAUCAUCGCCGCUGUUCAGACCUAUGGCGACACCAUUCACACCUUCGUCCAGCGCGACGGGUAUAAGGGCGUCUUCCUGCCCGGGUACAAGGCCUUCACCAAGACCGAUGCCCUGAUCGACUCUCUGCCCAGCUGCAGCCUGGACCUGCUCGAUCACUGCGUCGGCAACCAGGCCGACAACGAGAUGGUCCCCGCUUGCGACUGGUACGAGAAGCACCUUGACUUCACUCGCUUCUGGUCCGUCGAUGACAAGCAGAUCAUGACCGAGUACUCGGCCCUGCGCUCGAUCGUCAUGACCGACAAGGACGAGAAGAUCAAGAUGCCCAUCAACGAGCCGGCCGCCGGCAAGAAGAAGUCCCAGAUCCAGGAGUACGUCGAGUUCUACGGCGGCGCUGGUGUCCAGCACAUUGCCCUGCGCACCGAGGACAUCAUCUCCUCCGUGCGUGCCCUGCGCGCCCGCGGUGUUGAGUUCCUGUCCGCCCCGGCCUCCUACUACGACCAGCUGAAGAUCCGCCUCCAGACCUCGGCCGUCAAGAUCGCCGAGGACCUGGACAUCCUGGCCGAGCUCUCCAUCCUGGUCGACUACGAUGAGGAUGGGUACCUCCUGCAGAUCUUCACCAUGCCGGUCGAGGACCGCCCCACCCUCUUCUAUGAGAUCAUCCAGCGUCGCAACCACUCCGGUUUCGGUGCCGGCAACUUCAAGGCCCUCUUCGAGGCUCUGGAGAUCGAGCAGGACAAGCGUGGCAACCUGUAAAUCAGCCCUCGCGGCGCCUGCGCGCCCGCCCCCCCCCUCCCCCCCUCCCGAGAAGCGUGUCUGGGACGUGCGCCGCCCCUCCUCCCUGGC